AGCCCAGAACGACGAGAGCCCAGAACGAGCCACAUAUCACACAGGCGCUCCGUUGUGGCGCUGCUGGCGCUCGCGCCGGCGAGCGGCUACGUCGCGCGCGCGCCGCUGUCCGCCCGGCCGCGGAGGACGGCGCGCGUCGCGCCGUCGAUGGCGCUCAUCACGGGCUCGCCCUUCGGCUACUUCGACCCCUUGCAGCUGUCCAAGGGCAAGACGGAGGCCGAGAUGAACCAGCUCCGGGAAUACGAGCUCAAGCACGGCCGCGUAGCCAUGGCCGCGGUCUUUGGGCUCAUCGUCGAGCCGUACAUCCACCCUUUGGCGAAGUCGUGCCACCUCGCGCACCCGACGGACCCCAUUCUCAGCGGAGUGGAACUGAACUUCGCGGGCAAGGCGCAAAUUCUCGGCUUCUGCGGCGGCGUCGAGGCCCUCAACUACUUCAUCAAGAAGGGCGACAAGUACAAGCCGGGCGACUUGUUGGGCGCGGCCUACUACGUCGCCGACGAGGAGGACGAGUUGUGGGUCAGUUACCAGGAGAAGGAGCUGAACAACGGCAGAUUAGCGAUGGUCGCGUUCGCCGGGUUCAUCACGCAGUACGGCCUCUACGGCAACGUCGACGACAUGCUCUUCAAGCCCAUGAUCAAGCCGGCGUCCGAGCUGACGUGCUACGGCUGGCUCUGCGUGUAG